UAACGCCUCUCAAUGUAUUGAAAAAACCGCGUCUUUUCUUUCUCCUUCUGCUUAAUUAGUCCUUCUUCUCCUUCUUCUUCUUCCUCCUCUUUUGGGUAUCUCCUUUGUUCCGUGCUGUAAUGUGAGAGCCAAAUACAUAUUUCCCUUUUAUAACUCUCAGAAUCUCGCAUUUACUCACCAUUCCCCUCAGUUUCUCUCCGCAAGACAAUCUGCACAUACUCUCUCUUGAUCUCUGAAAACGCCCCCACUCUCCCUUUCAUUUUCCUGUAUUUUCAGAUCAGUGAAAAAUGCCAGAAGUUCAAUUGGUCGCUCACACUAUAAGAUCACAUGGUGUUGCAGUGGCAAGACUACAUGUGCAUGAUUGGCUAAUUCUUGUGCUUCUUGUGGUGGUAGACCUCAUUUUAAACUUUAUAGAACCAUUUCAUCGCUUUGUCGGAGAGGGAAUGAUGGUCGACCUCAAAUACCCAUUGAAAGGCAAUACUGUUCCCUUUUGGGCUGUUCCAAUUAUCGGGAUAUUGUUGCCUUUUAUUGUCAUUUUAAUCUACUACUUCAUCAGAAGGGAUGUUUACGAUCUGCAUCAAGCUGUAUUGGGUCUUCUAUAUUCUGUAGGUGUAACUGCAGUUAUAACCGAUGCAAUCAAAGAUGGAGUUGGUCGUCCACGUCCAGACUUCUUUUGGCGCUGUUUCCCUGAUGGCAAAGGGGUCUUUGAUCCUGUCACAAGGAAAGUUCUGUGUACUGGAAUUAAGAGUGUCAUUAAGGAAGGACACAAAAGUUUCCCAAGUGGGCAUACAUCUUGGUCCUUCGCAGGUCUUGGCUUUCUUGCUUGGUAUUUGUCAGGGAAAAUCAGGGCAUUUGAUCAUAGGGGCCAUGUCGCAAAACUUUGUAUUGCUUUCCUGCCAAUACUGCUUGCAGCUCUAGUGGGGGUUUCUCGAGUUGAUGACUAUUGGCAUCACUGGCAAGAUGUAUUUGCUGGAGGUCUUCUAGGGAUGACAAUUGCUUCAUUUUGUUAUUUGCAAUUCUUUCCACCCCCAUAUGACGUAGAUGGUUGGGGACCUCAUGCGUAUUUCCAGACAUUAAGAGAGUCUCAAAAUGGGAUUCAGUCCUCGACAACAAAUGUGAAUAGUCUUAACGUGCUGCAAUCAGAACUUACAAGUGCAUGCAUGCGACCUCAGCACGGCCUUGGAAUAUCAGAAAUUGGUACCGGGGACUCAAGCCCUAUGCUGGAUGCGUUAGAAAAUGGGAGAAGAAUUGAGAUCCUGAAUUAAAAAGGCUUGGACCGCAAAGAACUCGACAUACAGAAGUAAAUACUGUUUUCGUCUUUCUCAUUUUCAUGUACAGAUGAUUGAUUGCUUGCAAAAUUUUCAUCGAAAUGAUGCUUGAGAGAGAAGUUUGUAUGAAUGUUUUAUGUUUAUGUAGGAAUGUAAAGUUUUUGUUUUUUAUACACAAGAACCAAUGUGAAAUUAUCUUUGCUUUAA